UUGAAAUCAAGCCAAAUGGAUAGAAUUUCCCAUCUCUACUUCCUUAUUGCAACACUCUUACUUUUACAAUGGUUGAUUGAUUAUAACUCAGCCAACUCAGAUAUCAACAUUGAUCGUUCCUCACUACAGCCUUCAAAUCUCGAAUCUCUUUCGAUCGCAAUAAUAUAUUGACCAGAAAUUGGAGCAGUGAGACCAACAUUUGUAGUUGGAUCCCGCUAUCACAGGGUGAGACAGUUGAAUAUAUCGCACAUGGGUCUUGUCGGAAGCAUUCCACCAGAAAUCGGAAAUCUUUCUUUUCUCAUUUCUUUAGAUGUGACCAAUAACUCUUUUGGUGGUCCUAUUCCCCCAUCUAUUUUCAACUUAUCAUUUUUAGAAGUUUUGAAUUUGGGAGAUAAUAAUUUUUCUAGCAGAUUACCAUUUGAUAUAUGCAAAUACAAUCUGCAUAGGCUCAAGAAGCUUCGUAUAUCUUUCAACAAGCUGUAUGGAGAAAUACCAUCGAGUUUGGAACAUUGUUCGCAACUUAGGUAUCUUUCUUUGCGCAGCAACAACUUGAAUGGACUCGUGCCGACUCAAAUGGGGAACUUGACAUUGCUUCAAGAGUUAUACUUUGGUGGUAACAAUUUAGUUGGUAAUAUUCCAAAAGAGAUUGGUGCUCUUACUAAUUUACAAAUUUUGGACUUGAAUGUGAACAAAUUGAAUGGCACAUUUCCAGCAACUAUUUUCAGUAUAGCAUCAUUAUAAAUUGUUGACUUGAUGUGAAUCCGGGUAUUCACAAUCAUAGGAUGCAACGACAUCGAGGGCCAUGGGUUGAUUGGGGUCCGAAAAGAAGGUGGAGAUAUGGCAAGGAGCCAAGCCGGAUUCGAAGGUCUGACUCAAACCAGAAUUUUCCUAUCAAAAUGAUGUCCAAAUUCUGUUCUAAGACCAUCAAUAUCUUCAUCGUCAAAAGAGCUUCGCGUGAUUACCUUACACGCCUCAAUCGGUGCUCGGAUGAGGAAGUUAUGGCCGUUUGACGAAAGUCACGCAGAGCUGCCAAAAAUGCCCGGCCACAGAGAAAACGCCCGGGCAAGGCCCCAAAACGCCCGGGCCGGGCGUUUUGCCCGAAAAUGCCAUUUUUUAAA